ACUAUGUAUCCAAUUCCUUCUGUCUUCAGAUUUGUAAACUAUUUAGUCCUUUCUCUUUUAAUUGGAUGACCAAACACUCUUCCCUCUUUGUUUUCUCAAUAUAUUUUCUUGGAAUUUCCUCUGUUUCCUCCGCCAAAAAAAUAAUUUCAUAAUUUCUCAAAGUCUAAAUCAAAACUCUUCCUUUCAUGGAUACACAUCAAAGCUUAAUUUUAGUAAUAGCUUCAAUUAUAUUACUUGUUAGAGUCGUUGCAGCUUGCUCCAAUGGAGAUUGCAGGCUAUUAGACGAGUGCUCGUCGGACCAAGAUUGUGAUGGUGGACUCUAUUGCUUCUCAUGUGUACAAGGAUUUUCAGGUUGGAGAUGUGUAAGAUCAAGCAUUUCUAACCAAUUUCAGCUUCUGAAUAACUCGAUGCCAUUCAACAAAUAUGCAUUUUUGACGACACACAAUGCGUAUGCAAUUGAUGGAUAUCCAUCUUAUACCGGAGUUCCUCGAAUCACUUUUACCAACCAGGAAGAUAAUGUCACUCAACAGCUAAACAAUGGAGCAAGAGCAUUGAUGCUUGAUACAUAUGAUUUUCGUGGAGAUGUAUGGUUGUGCCAUUCAUUUAAUCGACAAUGUCAUGAUUAUACUGCCUUUGGUCCUGCUAUUGACACACUAAAAGAAGUUGAGGCAUUCUUAACAGCAAAUCCAUCAGAAAUUGUAACCAUAAUUUUAGAAGAUUAUGUAGAAGCUCCUAAUGGACUGACCAAGUUAUUUAUUGAUUCCGGAUUGAUGAAAUUCUGGUUUCCAGUAACAAACAUGCCCAAAAAAGGCCAAGAUUGGCCACUAGUGAGUGACAUGGUUAAAAAUAAUCAAAGACUACUAGUAUUCACCUCAAUUAAAUCCAAAGAAGAAUCUGAAGGCAUUGCAUAUCAAUGGAAUUACAUGGUUGAAAAUCAUUAUGGGGAAGACGGUAUGAAGGCGGGAAGUUGUUCAAAUAGAGGAGAGUCAUCACCUCUUGAUGAUAAGAGCAAAUCACUGGUGUUAGUAAAUUAUUUUGGAUCAAUUCCUUUGAGGGAUCUCUCAUGUCAGGAUAAUUCAGGGGAUCUCAUUAAUAUGCUGCAUACUUGUUAUGGUGCUUCUGCCAAUAGAUGGGCUAAUUUUGUUGCUGUUGACUAUUACAAGAGGAGUGAAGGAGGAGGAUCAUUCCAAGCAGUGGACACACUGAAUGGGAAGUUGUUGUGUGGGUGUGAUGACAUUCAUGCAUGCAUGGCUGGAUCAACUUCUAGAGCUUGUUCUUCAUAAUAUAAGUAGUAUGCAUUCAUACAUUACAUCUACAAUAGCUUUGAGAUUUUGUUCAUUAUAAUAAAAUUAUCAAUCAUAUAUAUGUAAUGUACAAAUUAAUAAGGCCCGAUUGAUCAGAAAAUCAACACGUUUUCGACUCUUUAUAAUUCUAUGACUUUAAGAUUUUACAAUUUUAGUCCAAUUUCAAACAUUCGCACUGAUUGGUGAGAGACCAACCAACUGCCUGAACUGCCCCAAAACAUUGGGUCAAAAUCAAAUAGUAGGGCAUGACUACUGAACAUUGGCUUUGUCUAAAUUUUCAAUAAUUGAGCUUUCCAUUGUACUAUCUAUAUAUUGUACAUAUUUUCUUUAAUCAUAUACCUCAAA